AUGGCCCCCUCGCUAACUUUUGCCCUACAGGCACUCUUAGUUCGCCAUGAAGCUUAUAUGGCUGAUUCCGAACGUGACCGCGCCGAACUGACCUCACGCAUCGUCCAGCUUGAAACUGACAAGAAGGAACUCGAAGCCAUGAACGCCAAGACCAUUGAAGAGAACCGCUUGCUACUCGACCAGCUCGAAGAGUUGAAUAACUCUGUCGUCGAAUCUGACAGCCGAAUACACCUCCUCGAAGCGAGUCUACAAGCCUCGGAACAGGCCGUCCGCCGCCUCGAAAUCACCGCCUCCCGCGCUGCCGACAUGGAGCGACAUAUUGCCGCCUUGGAACAGGACCUCGAACAAGCCCAGACCUCUCUCAUGACCACUGAGGAAGAGACCAGAUCUGCCUCAAAAGAGCUGAUGGAGCGUGGUGCGCGUGAGGAGAAGGAACGACAGGCUGAGAUUGUAGAACGCAUGGAGCGCCAACGUGAGAUUGAAAAGGAGCUGAGCACUGCGGCUGGUCGGCUUAAAGGCGCCGCUGCCGCGAAAUCGCUGGGUACGGGGGUGCCGGGCAGCACAAACACCGUUGUCUCGCACUUUGUCAGAGAUCUUCUACAAGACAAUGCGAGCUUGCAGCUCGGUAUCGCCGAGUUGCGGGAGCUUCUCGCCAACUCGAGUGACGAGAUUCAGGCUCUUCGGGACUGCCUCGCGCUUCACCAGCCCAUCCAUGAUUCCCCGUCGAAUCUCAUGGCGGUCAAUCUCAGCACUGAGUUAGGAUCCCAGAGCCGCCCCUACCCCGGCGAUGGCUCCGUGGUGAAUGAUUCGGAAGCUGAACCCUCCGUCCGGUGGUCCCGAGCCUCUAACCUUGUCUCCGAAUUUGGCGUAUCGACCCUCGCGAGCUCGCCUCGAAGCAACCCACGCUUGUCCAUGUUCAGCGGUAGUGUCGCUCUAGACAGUGAAGGAGAUGAUGGGGAUGGGGAUGACAGCUCCUCAACCAGGACCACUACUGGAAGAGAUGGUCAAGUCGUAGACUUUGAACAAUCUGGAAUCCUGGAUGGCAUGGUUACCCCGCCGCGGCCGCCGCUUCGCCGGACGGUCUCUCACGAAUCCAUCAUGUCGCUUUCUGGUGGCCUGGACAUACACACUCUUAAAACUCGUCCAAGCCAGUUGACGUUAUGUCAACUUGGUAGCGCCCAAGCAAUCGUGACUGGGAUAACGGCGCAGCCGACCCUAUCAACCCUCAGCGGGAAGCGGGGUGCCGCGUUCUUGCGCGACAGCCUAGCUGCGCUCCCUUCGCCAAGUCCACAGGCCAGAGCAAUUUCCAAUCCUGCCACCUCGUUUGGUACCCUCGGUAGAUGGAGAGGCUGGCGCCCAUGGGGUGGCAAUGCCUCGGGUGGCGGCGCAACGGCCAAUGGUUCCGAGGUUCGCAACGACAACGGCAACAACUCAACCACGAUUGAAGGAGAUUCAGAAGCCUCAUCGACCUCGACAGCGCAAGCCAGCGAUCCGACCGCGCCUAGCAAGGCGCUGGAUAGGGACAAUGACAAAGAUCUUCUCCGCGCCCCAGGAAUCAACCAACCUGGUGCUAUACCCGGCUUCCAACAGUACUGGGCAUCUCAGCGACGCCGUGGCGCGCCAAGUAAGGUACAACCUGACACCGUGGAUCGAGCUGCCCUCCAAGACAUUCUCGAGCACUUAUAA